AUGAUAAAAGGAAAACGACGAAAAGACACUGUAUGCAUCGCUCUUGUAGAAAACGAGCUUGAUGACGGGAAAAUUCGCCUUAACAAAGUUGUGAGAAAAAACCUCAAGGUUCGAUUGGGGGAUUUAGUAAGCAUUCAUCCGUGUGGAGACAUCCCAUAUGGCAAGAGAGUGCAUAUUUUGCCUAUUGAUGAUACUAUUGAAGGGAUAACAGGGAAUUUAUUUGAGAUUUAUCUUAAGCCAUAUUUUAAAGAAGCAUAUAGACCAGUAAGAAAAGGCGAUUUAUUUUUAGUGAGGGGAGGAUUUAGACCAGUCGAAUUUAAAGUCGUCGAAACCGAUCCAGGAGAAUGCUGUAUUGUAGCCCCUGAUACAAUUAUUUUUUGUGAAGGAGAAGCUAUUAAAAGAGCUGAUGAAGAAAGAGCUGACGAUAUUGGCUAUGAUGAUAUCGGAGGAUGCAGAAGACAGCUUGCACAAAUCAGAGAAAUGAUUGAGCUGCCACUUACUCCCCCUUAAAAUUGGAACAAAGUUAAUUCAAAAUUUUUUAAAAUCCUAAAAAAAUAUAAAAUUAAGCAUUAUUUUUGAUUUAUAAUUAUUUUUAUGAAUAAAUAAAUAAUUUAAAAAAUUAAUCAAUUCAAUGUGAAAGCUGUUUAAAUAGCACUUUUUCCAUUAAAUUAGUCAAAACUAAUUUUACAAAAUUAGUAUUUUUAUCCUUAAUUGUUAUUUAAAAAAAUAAGAAUUGAGCACAUGGUUUGAGUUUUAAUUUAUUUUUAUAAAAUUAAAUUAAAAAAACUAAUGAAUUCAGUGAGCAAACUGUUUAAAUACCAUUUUACUUGCAUUUUAUCUAUUAACUUUGGUCAAGUUAAUUUUAUAAAAUUAGUAUUAUCAUUGAUAAAAUUUUCUAUUAAAAAAAAUUUUGUCUAAUUAGAUGGGGGGAUUUAGGCAUCCUCAGUUAUUCAAAACUUUAGGAGUCAAGCCCCCCAAAGGUGUUCUAUUAUAUGGACCUCCAGGAUCUGGGAAAACCCUAAUUGCAAGAGCAGUUGCAAAUGAGACAGGUGCAUUUUUCUUUUUGAUCAAUGGCCCUGAAGUCAUGAGCAAGAUGGCAGGAGAAGCAGAAGCUAAUUUAAGAAGAGCAUUUGAAGAGGCUGAAAAAAAUAGUCCAGCUAUCAUUUUUAUUGAUGAAAUUGACAGCAUUGCUCCAAAAAGAGAAAAAACAGGAGGAGAGGUGGAAAAAAGAGUGGUUUCGCAGCUUCUCACACUUAUGGACGGAGUCAAAGGAAGAGGGCAAAUUGUAGUUAUUGGGGCCACUAAUAGACCUAAUAGUAUUGAUCCUGCUCUUAGAAGGUUUGGAAGAUUUGAUAGAGAAAUUGAUAUUGGCGUCCCAGACGAAGUGGGAAGGAUUGAAAUUUUGAGAAUUCAUACGAAGAAUAUGAAGCUUAGUGACGAUGCUGACAUUGGAGACUUAGCAAAAGGCACACAUGGCUUUGUAGGUGCUGAUCUUGCACAGCUAUGCUCAGAAGCCGCUAUGAAUUGCAUUCGAGAGAAGCUUGAUAUCAUUGAUUUAGAAGAAGAUACAAUUGAUGCUGAGGUACUAGAUGCAAUGGCUGUAAAUCAAGACCACUUUAAAAGCGCCUUAGGAGUUGUCAAUCCUUCAUCACUAAUUCCCUUCUUGGUUGGUAAGCAAAAUAUCUUGUUAGCUAAAGGACUAAUUUUUGCUAAUUUAAAUUGAAAAAAGCUUUUGAUUCAGAUUUGUAAAAAUUUGAAAUCAAAAAUCUAAGUUAGUUAUAAUAUUAAUAUAUUUGGAUAUAAACAGUUUAAAAUUUAAAAGGAUUAUAUAUAAAAAUAUUUUAAUCGAAAAAUAAUUAAAAAAUUUUUUUGCUUGCUAAACAGGGUGGUUUUAUUUUUCAAAAAUAGAUUUUCGAAAUAAUUUGCUUUUUAAUCAAAAGAAAGUAAGAGAAACAGUAGUAGAAGUCCCAAAUGUUUCGUGGGAUGAUAUCGGUGGCUUAGAUGAUGUGAAGCGAGACCUUCAAGAAAUGAUCUUAUAUCCAAUCGAUCAUCCUGAUAAAUUUGAAAAAUUCGGAAUGAAGCCUGGCAAAGGUGUUUUAUUUUAUGGUCCUCCUGGCUGUGGAAAAACUCUUAUGGCCAAGGCUAUCGCCAGCGAGUGCUCAGCUAAUUUUAUUUCCAUUAAAGGUCCAGAGUUACUAACUAUGUGGUUUGGCGAAAGCGAAGCUAAUGUGAGAGACGUUUUCGAUAAAGCAAGAUCUGCAGCCCCUUGCGUUCUAUUUUUUGAUGAACUUGAUUCGAUAGGCUCUGCAAGAGGCUCAAGCAUGGGGGAUGCUGGUGGUGCAGGGGAUAGAGUCAUGAAUCAACUUUUGACUGAAAUGGAUGGCGUUGGAGCUAAAAAAAAUUUGUUCAUAAUAGGUGCUACAAAUAGACCUGAAAUAUUGGAUGAAGCACUUUUAAGACCUGGAAGACUGGACCAACUAAUUUACAUUCCAUUACCAGAUAAGCCUAGCAGAAUUAGUAUCUUGAAAUCUUUGGUCAGAAAAUCGCCAGUUGCAAAGAAUGUUUACCUUGAUUUUAUAGCAGAUUUAACAGAUGGCUUCAGUGGCGCUGAUUUAGCAGAACUUGUCCAGAGAGCUGCAAAGUGUGCAGUUAGGGAAGCAAUAGAAGCAGACGCACAGAGAAAAGCUCUUCAAGCCGAGAAUGGAGAAGAAAAUAUGGAUAUUGUGGAUGAUCCUGUUCCAGAAAUUACAAGAAGACAUUUUGAAGAAGCUUUAUCAACUGCAAGAAGAUCGGUGACAAACGUUGAUUUGAACAAAUAUGAUCAAUUUAGAAGGAAAUUUGACCCUGUUUAUGCUGCACGCCAAGGUGGAGCUCAAGCUGGGCCGCCAGCUUUUAGAUGGCCGGAGAGGGCUGAACAAGCAAGAGUUCAAGAGGCAGAAGAAGAGGAUCUUUAUAGUUAA